AUGAAGAAACAAGAAUUACUAUGUGAUCAUAAAACUGGUUGCAUACAAGGUUCGAGUAACAUUUCAACAGAACCAGUAUCAUCACCUUCUACCGUAUCGACAAUAAUAGCAGCCUUUACAUCAGAAUCUGUAUGGUUUACCACUGAAAUCCAAACGGAAAAUGGAGUAGAGGAUGACAAUAUACAUUCAACAAUCUAUACAAGUAGUAGUUUUGAAAAAAAAGAAACAACGACGUCUAUGUCUACUAAAAAGGGUUUACUCGAAAGAGAAAUUGUAAUUUAUUCGUUAAGUGCAGCUGUACUUGUACUCUUUAUAUUACUAUGUACAGCAUGCCAGCAACGAUACCAAAAAGUCUAUGGCAAUUUAAAGAAAUACCAGACAAGCAAGAGAAGAAGGAGAAAUAUACAAGAAAAUCCAUUACCGGAAAUUCCACUAGAAGACAUUGAAGGGGUGUAUGACGUAAUUGAUGAAUUGAAUAUGAUAAAUGACUUUGAAAACGUUAUGGAUAGCAACUUUAGCUCAGAAAGUGAAACAAAUGGAGGUUAUGUUCAACCAGAUAACAACGGUUAUCUAACUCCAUAUCAACCUGUUGAUGAAGAUUCAAAUACAAGUAACAUCAAUGACAUUAAAUCGGUAUCUUUACAGACACCAAACGCAAAUGGGGAUGCUAUAAGUGAUCACGUAUCCAUUACAUCAAGCUCAGGCGUACAUGGUAGAAAAUGUAGCAAUAUAAACACGAACCGACCGCUUGAUCACCCUGUAGAUACUCAAGACUAUAUAUCUACACAUUCAUCGGAUUUGGAAACAAUAUCAAGGGAAUCUGGAUAUUUGAAUCCAUACCAGCCCAUGAUUCCAGCCACGGAUUUACAUGAAUAUAAAUAUGUCAUUGGUUUUUCCGACGGAUCUGGUUCCUCGUUGUCAGAAACAUCUACUAAAGAAAUUGGAGCUUAUAUUUCAAAUCCUUAUCAGGAUUUAACAUCUGAAAUCGAUACCCAUGACUACAUAUAGCCAUAUGUUUCUAUUGUGAUACUGUUUUAUUUGUGACGUGCAAAGAUCCCGUUGAGCAGAUAACGAUUCACCGAAUGAUAAACACCCUUUUUACUAACAGGUUUGCUUCAAUCGAAAACUAUCAUCUUCUCAUCUGAAAAUAAUUUAAUUUUGAAAGAAAAAAAAUAGACAAUGUUCAAUAGAUGUGGGGGAAUCCUUAAAACGUUUGAAUUGUUAUCUUAAAAAAAAACGGUUUAAGUUUAAGCUCAAAAGAAAUGGCUUUUGAAAACAAAGAUUUCGAAUAAUAAUUUAAAAUGAAACAUGCCUUAACUACGAAAUUUUUUCAACGUACAACAAAAGAUUGAGAUUUUGAAUAGCAUACGAAUUAAUUACAUUCAAUCACUGUCAUAA